UCAGAGAUUUACAUCUGGUUCUAUGUAAUCCAGCAUGGCUGAGGGAGGAGUUCGCGUUCCCUCCGGGCAGACGAAGGUCAGUGCAGUUUCAGAUGAGCGAGUGGACUUCCUGAGGGAGCAGGCCUUCACGGCUCUACGUCUGAAAACGGAUAAGUGGAACCGAUUCAUCGGAGCCGAGGAGAACCAGAGGGCUCUGCUGGACUUCCUGGACCACAGCUGGGGUCAGCGACUCACACUGUUUACUGGUCCUGGAGGAACCCUGCAUGUAGGGGAUGACCAGGUGAGUAGAAUAUAUGAACCCAUGAGGUCCAGUGGAAUACGGUGCUUGUCUGUGAUCCGGGUAUCACCGGUGCAAAUCCAGGGUCAUUCUGCUUCACCAUCAGCAGCCAGAAUCACAGAGAGAUCAAUAGGUCAUAGGGAUCUCGCUACGCCCCUGUUCUCCCCCCAUAAGAACUCGUCUCCAUGGAGGACCAAACUGCUGUGUGUGCUGAAGAAAACCAGCGGCAGUGUCUCCAGAAGCUCCUUUCGGUCACAGCUUUGGAUGGGUGAAGUGCCGGCGCAGCCACUGGACCACGCCCCCAUUCUCAUCGGACAGGUACUGGUUUCAGUGUUGGCCAACCCCCUGAACCAGACAGGCUGGCCGCGGGUCAUGGGUCAGGACAUGCGCAGGCAGUUGGAGCAACUGCGCAGUCGAGCAGUCACACUGCAGGGCCUCGCUGAGGGACGAACACUGCUGCCACUGCCUCUGACUGUGGAAAAAAAGAACCAACAUCAGCUCAGCUCCGAUAUGUGUUUGAUAGACAGAGCUUUACUCUACUCUAUUGAGACGAUGGUGAUCCAGUGGAGUCAGCAGAUGGGCUCUGUGCUGCAGCGGGACUCUUCAAAUCUCCUGCGCCAGGGAGACCACCCGGGCCCCAUGGUAGAGCUGCAGUUCUGGACUCAGCAGAAGGAAAACCUGCUGGGAAUCCAGAAACAGCUGCAGAAUCCCAAAGUGGACCAAGUGCUUGAAAUUCUGCAGAGGAUUAACAGCAGUUACUACGCUUCCUUUUACAGCAUUAUACAGAAAGUCAACCAGGCGGUGGUGGAGGCAGAGGAUAUAGAUCUGUAUCUGAAGCCGCUGCGUAAGCUUAUUGUGGCGUUUGAGGAGAGAAGCUUUACUGAUCUGGAGCCGCUCCUCCCAGCUCUCUUCCACACACUCGCUCUCAUCUGGACACACUCCCGCUUCUACUGCUGCCCUCCUCGCAUUGUCACACUCCUCACAGAGUUUUGCAACCUGCUCAUCGACAAGGCGAUGGUGUUCCUGAUUCCAGAGGAGCUGUUUAAGAUGGAGCUGGAGGAGGGGGUGGAGCGGGUGCAGAGGGCAGUGCAGGUGUUUCGAGCAUUUAAACGCACGUUUCAGCAGUACAGAGACAGGCUGAGCCCCGCGGGACCCUACAGCAGCCCAGGACGCUUCGUUAAACCGUGGGACUUUCCUUCCUACCUCAUCUUUCAGCGCAUUGAUCACAUGAUGGAGAGACUGCUCAUGAUUGAGGAGCUGUUUGCAUCAACACUGGACUUCCUAAAGCUGGAACGUGUGGAGCUGGGAGGCUCCAGAGGAAAGAUUCUGAGUGAGAUGGUGUACAGCAUGAAUGAUGAGUUCCACGACAGCUGGAGAAUCCUCAGAGAAAGCAAAUACGACCCGCUGGACUAUAGUAAAAAGGAGUUUGUACGUGAUUAUAAUCGCAUUGUGGAGCAGAAUCAGGACUUUGAUCAGAGACUGGGCACGGUGCUGAAUCUGGCCUUCCAGCACUCUUCCAGUUUAGAAUCGGCCUUUAAGCUUUUACAGAUUUUCGGUACUCUGUUGGAGAGGCCGAGGGUUCAUCAGCUCUUCUCCCCAAACUACACCGUUCUGCUAACAAUGUUCCAGGAGGAGGUCAACAUCUGCCAGAAGAUCCUAGACACUCACAGAGAGAGGUUGCGUAACGGCUGCCCGGUCCUUGGUAAAAACAUGCCAACCGUAGCUGGGAACCUGAAGUGGUCUCAGGAGCUCAGAGAGAGAAUCCUGACCAGCCGCAGUAACCUUAACCAGCUUACACACAUCCCGUUGGAGAGUCCUGAUGCAGAGCAGGUGUUACGAACAUGUGAGUGUAUUCUGGAGGCUCUAGAUCAGCUAGACGAGGACGUGUUCGCCAACUGGUGUGUAGGAUUGGACGAGCUCUGCCACACCCACAUGCAUGAACCACUGCUGUCACUGAAUGAGGAGAGUGGACUCUACAAUGUGAACUUCAACCCUGCACUGACGUCAGUUCUGAGAGAGGUGAAGUAUCUUGGGAUACUGAAGAGUCACACCUUACCCAAAGCUGCGCUGAACCUUUACUCUAAACAGGAAACACUGUAUAUGUACACUAGCACCCUGUCUCAGAUCACUCAGUGGUACAAUAAGCUGCACAGCACUAUUCUGCCGGUGGAGCUCCAGCUAGUGGCGGCUGAAAUGGAGGAAGUGAGAUAUAAACUAAAGCCUGCGCUGAGGGAACUGAGGUGGAAUCAUGAGGACCUGUGGGAUUACAUCAGAAGUACACGUGAUCUGGUGCACGGCGUGGCCGAGCGUGUGCAGAAAAGCCAGGCUAACCUGGAAACCCUGCAUUGGCUGAUGGGAGUGUUCAGCCACUCAGCCUGCAUUACACGCAGGAGUACUCGCCGGGGUAAUCUGCUGCACAUGGCCGACGUGGAGGAGAGCUUCAAACGGCAGUACAGACUGGUCUCACAGACGGGAGAGAAGAUACACGCUCUUGUUCAGGAGAAUGCUGUACUCCUGAGAGCUGAUGUAUACUCUCCUUCCUGGGAAGCUUACACAGAUCAUGUGGAUCGUAUGGUCUUGGCAGGUUUCUCCAGCUCUAUACGCUGUUCUUUACAGUACCUGGUGGAGAACACAGACCCAGCCCUGCGCAUCGCACCGCUGUUCGAGGUGCAGCUGACCCUCACCUCCGACAUGACUUUCCAUCCCUCACUCGACCUGUCCAAGAAGGACAACUUCUACGAUAUUAUUGAUAAGAUGGUGUCGGAUAUUUUCAGAAUGGCCUCGUUUAUGAAGAGGAUUGCCAAGCAUAAACAGACAGAGAGUUACCAGGUGGAUAUAGACCAGGUGCCAGAGUUAUCAGAGUUGGCUCAGCUGAUUCGUGGUCGUGCACGUGGAGCCAUCGCUAAAGUCAAAGAAUUCCAAAACUCUUUCAGCUCUUAUCGCUAUCUUUGGGCCGGAGACAGGACCGAGUUUAUGAGACAGUUCUUACUCUAUGGCCACGCCCUCUCAACAGAAGAGGUGGAGCUUUAUGCUGAAUAUGAGCUCGCCAAGAACCCGCCCAAACUACACCAGUUCAAAGAGCAAAUCAGUGAGUUUGAAAGUCUGUAUGAGAAGGUGCGGGUGUUGGAAGAGAAGAGGGUGUUCAGCAGUUGGUGCCAAGUGGACAUCAGACCUUUUAAAAUGUCCCUUAUGAAUGCCAUCAAGAAAUGGAGCUGGAUGUUCAAAGAGCACCUGCUGAAUCACACCAAUGAUAGUGUGCAGGAGCUGGCGAGCUUCAUUGCGAAUGCUGAGUAUGGUUUGGGGAAGACUGUAAAGGAAGGAGACUAUGCUGCGCUGGUGGACACUAUGGGCCACUUGAUGGCUAUCAGAGACAGACAGCAAAACACUGAACAGCAGUUUAAACCCCUCAAAUCUACUGCUGAUCUGCUGAAGACCUACGGCCAGCAGCUGCCAGAGCAAAUCUAUGCUCUGCUUGAGGAGCUGCCUGACAAGUGGAAGAAUCUGAAGAAGGUGGCCUUCACUGUGAAACAUGAGGUUGCUCCUCUGCAGUCCAGCGAGGUUGCCGUCAUCCGAAGAAAGUGUGUGCGCUUUGAGAUUAAACAGCUGGAGUUCAGAGAGCAGUUUCGUCUGGAGCCCAUCUUCCGCAUCAACAUAGAGGAACCGUACAAACUUAUUGACAAGGCCAACCGCACAGUAGCUCAUCUGGAGAGUGAGAUGCGUAAACUGCAGGAGACUGCCAAUCUGUUCGAGGUCAGUUUCCCUGAUUAUAAACAGCUUUGCCAGUGUCGCUCUGAUCUCAUCCUACUCAAAGCAGUCUGGGAUAUGGUGAUCUUCGUUAAGUCCAGUAUCUCAGACUGGACCAAGACACCCUGGAAGGAGAUCAAUGUGGAGCAGAUGGACAUGGAGCUCAGGAGGUUUGCUAAGGAAAUGAAGACUCUGGAUAAGGAAGUACGUGUGUGGGAUGUCUACACUGGCCUGGAGUCCACCGUUAAAAACCUGCUGACGUCACUGAGAGCUGUUAAUGAACUGCAGAACCUGGCGGUUCGGGAGCGACACUGGCAGCAGCUCAUGCACACCACUGGGGUGAGCUUUAUAAUGAAUGAAAACACCACUCUGGGGGACUUGCUGGAGCUGCAGCUCCACCGUGUGGAAGAGGAGGUGAAGAACAUUGUGGAUAAAGCAGUGAAAGAAAUGGCCAUAGAGAAGGUUCUUGGUGAAAUCAAACAGACGUGGUCAGUGAUGUCUCUAUCAUAUGAGACUCACUCUAGCACUGGAACCCCUCUCCUUAAAGCUGAUGAGAACCUGAUUGAGACACUGGAGGACAACCAGGUGCAGCUGCAGAAUAUCCUGAUGAGUAAACACGUGGAGUACUUUCUGGUGGAGGUGAGUGGUUGGCAGCGGCGGUUGAUGUUGGCAGACCUGGUGAUUGGCACUUGGCUGGCUGUGCAGCGCACCUGGGCUCAUCUGCAGAGCAUCUUCACCAACUCGGAAGAUAUCCGCAACCAGCUGGCCCAGGAUGCUGAGCGUUUUCAGGGCAUCCAUCUGGACUUCCAGGGGUUGAUUGUGAAUGUUGUAAAAAAUGCAAAUGUGAUUGAAGUCACCAACAAGCUUGGCUACUUGGAGGAACUUGAGACACUGCAGCAAAGGUUGUCUGUGUGUGAGAAAGCUCUAGCGGAGUAUCUGGAAACGAAGCGUCUGACGUUUCCACGCUUCUACUUCGUCUCUGCUGCAGAUCUGCUGGAGAUAGUUUCUAAAGGAACUCAGCCCAGACAGGUUACGCGGCAUCUGCUGAAGCUCUUUGAUAACCUGGCUGAUCUGAAGUUCAGAGAUGAGGAGGAGGAGGAAGAUGAAGGGCGGACUGAGGUUGCAGUAGGGAUGUACAGCAGAGAGGGAGAAUAUGUCCCCUUCUCUGAGCCCUGUGUGUGUGAGGGACAGGCUGAGUGUUGGCUGGGUGGAUUGGAGCUGGCCAUGCGCUCCACAGUGAGGCAUGAGAUCUCUGAAGCUGUAUCAGCUUAUGAGGAUAAACCGCGUGAUCAGUGGCUUUUAGACUACCCUGCGCAGGUGGCGCUGACUGGUAGUCAAAUUUGGUGGGCGACUGAUGUAGGCAUAGCCUUUGAACGAGUGGAAGAGGGUUUUGAAACAGCGCUGAAAGACUACAAUAAAAAACAGGUCAGCCAGCUGAACUCUCUGAUAAACAUGCUGCUGGGUGAGCUUACCCCAGGAGACCGGCAAAAAAUUAUGACCCUCUGCACCAUCGACGUUCAUGCUCGGGACGUGGUGGCCAAACUCAUUUCACAGAAGGUGAUGAACGGACAGGCCUUUGCGUGGUUGUCUCAGUUACGGCAUCGCUGGGAUGAGCAGCAGAAGCACUGCUAUGUUAAUAUAUGUGAUGCCCAGUUCCAGUUUUCUUAUGAAUACCUGGGGAACACCAACCGGCUGGUCAUAACACCACUUACUGAUCGAUGUUACAUCACUCUGACCCAGUCUCUGCAUUUAACGAUGAGUGGCGCCCCCUCUGGCCCUGCCGGCACCGGCAAGACAGAAACUACCAAGGACCUGGGCCGCUCGCUUGGCAUUAUGGUCUAUGUAUUCAACUGUUCAGAACAGAUGGACUACAAGUCUAUAGGGAACAUCUAUAAGGGUCUGGCUCAGACAGGGGUGUGGGGCUGCUUCGACGAGUUUAACCGGAUCUCUGUGGAGGUUUUGUCUGUGGUUGCUGUGCAGGUCAAAACCAUCCAAGAUGCUGUUCGCAACAAGAAACACAGGUUUCAUUUCCUGGGUGAAGAGAUUGAGCUGAGGCCGACUGUGGGGAUCUUCAUCACUCUGAACCCUGGAUACGCUGGCAGAACUGAACUACCAGAGAACCUCAAAGCACUUUUCAGGCCUUGUGCCAUGGUGAUUCCUGAUUUUGAGCUGAUCUGUGAGAUCAUGCUGGUGGCGGAGGGCUUCAUAGACGCUCGUUUGUUGGCACGCAAGUUCAUCAGUCUCUACACUCUCUGCAAAGAGCUGCUUUCUAAACAGGAUCACUAUGACUGGGGUCUGCGUGCAAUAAAAUCAGUACUGGUUGUGGCUGGAUCACUGAAGAGGGAGGACAGGAACCACCCAGAGGAGCAGGUUCUUAUGCGAGCUUUGCGGGAUUUCAAUCUGCCAAAAAUCGUGACGAGCGACGUGCCGAUAUUCCUGGGCCUGAUCAGCGACCUGUUCCCUCUGCUGGACGUCCAACGCAAGAGAGACCUGCAGCUGGAGCAGCAUGUGCGUCAGGCCGUCACCGAACUGCGGCUUCAGCCUGAGGAGAACUUCAUCCUGAAGGUCACUCAGUUAGAGGAGCUCCUAGCUGUCCGUCAUUCUGUGUUUGUGGUUGGUGGACCUGGAACAGGGAAGAGCCAGAUUUUGAAGACACUGCAUAAGACUUACUCCAACAUGAAGCUGAAACCAGUGUGGACUGAUAUCAACCCUAAAGCUGUGACUACAGACGAGCUGUUCGGAUUCCUGCACCCCGCCACGAGAGAGUGGAAAGAUGGUCUUUUCUCCUCAACCAUGAGAGAGCUGUCUGCUUUAUCUCAUGAUGGUCCAAAGUGGAUUGUGCUGGACGGUGACAUCGACCCGAUGUGGAUAGAAUCUCUGAAUACAGUCAUGGAUGACAACAAGGUACUGACCCUGGCUAGCAAUGAGCGCAUCUCCCUGACCUCCUCCAUGCGUCUGCUGUUCGAGAUCAGCCACCUGAAAGCCGCCACUCCAGCAACUGUAUCUAGGGCGGGCAUCCUCUACGUCAACCCACAGGACCUUGGCUGGAGCUCGUACGUAACAAGUUGGAUUGACACUCGAAAGGCCCAAUCAGAACGAGCCAAUCUGACCAUCCUGUUUGAUAAAUACGUGCCCUACUGUUUAGAGCAGGUCAGGUGCAACCUGAAGACUAUCACACCUAUACCUGAGACCAGCAUGGUGCAGACUCUGUGCUGUUUGCUGGACUGCUUGCUGACAGAUGAGAACACUCCGGCUGACUCUCCUCGUGAGCUGUAUGAGAUCUACUUUGUGUUCACCUGCGUGUGGGCUUUUGGAGGGGCUCUCUUCCAAGACCAUCUGAUAGAUUAUCGUGCAGAGUUCAGUCGCUGGUGGUGUAAGGAGAUGCGAGCAGUGAAAUUUCCCUCUCAGGGCACCGUGUUUGAUUACUACAUCGACCCAAAUACGAAAAAGUUUACUCCCUGGAGUGAACGAACUCCUCCCUUUGAGCUGGAACCUGAUGUCCCAAUGCAGAUGGUGUUGGUUCACUCAGCAGAGACGAUUAGUUUGGCGUACUUUAUGGAGCUGCUGCUGGAGAAAGGAAAGCCAGUAAUGCUGGUGGGAAACGCAGGCGUGGGCAAGACCAUUCUGGUGUGGGACACCAUCUCCAAACGCAAGGAGGAGUACAUGGUGGCCAAAGUGCCCUUCAAUUAUUACACUACAUCAGCUAUGCUGCAGCGUGUGCUGGAGAAGUCUCUGGAGAAGAAGGCUGGACGGAACUUUGCUCCUCCCGGCACUAAGAAGCUGAUCUACUUUGUAGAUGAUCUGAACAUGCCGGAGGUGGACACCUACGGAACAGUCCAGCCGCACACACUCAUCAGACAGCAUCUGGACUACUCUCACUGGUAUGAUCGUCAGAGACUGGUCCUGAAGGAGAUUCAUAACUGUCAGUACAUCACCUGCAUGAACCCGACCGCUGGAAGCUUUUCAGUCAACCCUCGACUUCAGAGGCAUUUCUCUGUUUUUGCGGUUCACUUUCCGGGAGCAGAGGCUCUGAGCACUAUCUACAGCAGUAUUCUGAGCGGUCACUUCCUGCAGGGGGGCUACAGUUAUGGAGUGAGCCGCUCUGUGGGGACCCUCGUCCAGGCUGCCAUCUGCCUCCACCAGAAAAUGACCCAGAACUUUCUGCCCACUGCCAUCAGAUUCCACUACAUCUUUAACCUCAGGGACAUCUCCAAUAUCUUCCAGGGAAUUCUCUUCGCCCAACCAGAGAGUGUUCGGUACCCUAUAGACCUGGUGUACCUCUGGCUGCACGAGUGUUCUCGUGUUUAUUCUGACAAACUAAUGGAGGAAAAGGAUGUGGAGCUCUUUAAUAAAAUACUACUGGAUACUGGCAAGAGAUACUUUGAGGGGAUAGAUGAGUCUAUCUUUAUUCACCAGCCUCUGAUAUACUCUCACUUUGCGCAUGGUGUUGGGGAGCCCCGGUAUGCUCAGGUGAGUGACUGGGAGAAGCUGCAGAAGACUCUGACUGAAGCUCUGGAACACUACAACGAGCUUCACGCCAACAUGAACCUGGUUCUGUUUGAGGAGGCCAUGCAGCACAUCUGCAGGAUCAGUCGUAUUCUGGAAGCUCCGGUGGGAAAUGCGCUGCUGAUUGGGGUGGGUGGCAGUGGGAAGCAGAGCUUGUGUCGGCUGGCUGCGUUUCUCAGCAUGCUGGAGGUCUUUCAGAUCACUCUGCGCAAAGGAUACGGCAUCAGUGACCUGAGGAGUGAUAUAGCAGCUCUGUACAUUAAAGUAGGAGUGAAGAAUAUUGGGACAGUGUUUCUGCACACGGACGCUCAGAUUCCUGAUGAACGCUUCCUUGUGCUAAUCAACGAUAUGCUAGCAUCAGGGGACAUCCCGGACCUGUUCAGUGAGGAAGAGGUAGAUAUGAUUGUGGCCUCAAUUCGUCUGGAGCUCAGAGGUCUUGGGCUGCUCGACACACGAGAGAACUGCUGGAACUUCUUCAUUGACCGAAUUCGCAAACAGUUAAAGGUGGUCCUGUGUUUCUCCCCUGUGGGUUUUACUCUGCGUACACGAGCGCGGAAGUUUCCAGCUUUAGUAAACUGCACAGCCAUCGACUGGUUCCAUCCCUGGCCCCAGCAUGCACUGCAGUCGGUCAGCAGGACCUUCAUAAACAACAUCAGUGGACUGGAGCCUGCAGUGAAGCUGUCGAUCAGUGACUUUAUCUCGUUCGCUCAUACGAGUGUGAACGAGGUCAGUGUGAAGUACCAGCAGAACGAGAAGCACUUUAACUACACCACUCCCAAGAGCUUCCUGGAGUUCAUGAAGCUUUAUGGAAACCUGCUGGGGGCCAAACAAAGAGAACUCACUCAGAAAAUGGAGCGUCUGGAGAACGGCCUGCAGAAGCUGCUGUCUACUGCAUCCCAGGUUGAGGAUCUGAAGGCUAAGCUGGCUCUGCAGGAAGUGGAGCUGCAUCAGAGGAACACUGACACAGAAGCUCUCAUCGCUAAAAUUGGUCAGCAGACUGACAAGCUCAACCAGGAGAAGAGUGUUGCAGAUGAAGAGGAGCAAAAAGUAGCAGCGAUUCAGGCAGAAGUGACUAAGCAGCAGCAGGAAAGUGAAGAUGACCUGGCUAAAGCUGAACCAGCCUUACAGGCUGCUAAUGCUGCCCUCAACACACUCAACAGGCUAAAUCUAACAGAGUUGAGGACUUUUGCAAACCCGCCAGUGAUUGUGGCUAAUGUGUUAGCGGCUGUGCUCGUGCUGAUGGCUCCGGGCGGACGCAUUCCCAAAGACCGCAGCUGGAAAACUGCGAAAGUCAUCAUGAGCAAAGUGGAUGAUUUCCUGCAGGCGCUGGUUAAUUUUGAUAAGGAGCACAUUCCAGAUGCUACAGUGCGGGUGCUGAGGGAGGAGUAUCUGAGUGACCCGGACUUCAACCCGGAGUUUGUGCGUCUUAAAUCCUCGGCUGCAGCUGGACUGUGUGCCUGGGUUAUUAACAUCAUACACUUCCACGAGGUGACCUGUGAGGUGGAGAUGAAGAGGAUGUGUCUCUCUCAGGCCAACGCUGACCUAAUUGAAGCCGCAGAGAAGCUGGAGGUCAUCCGGAAAAAACUCUCUGAGCUGGACAAUAGUCUAGAUACUCUGACUGCAGCAUUUGAAAAAGCCACCUCAGAAAAACUGCGCUGCCAGGACGAGGUGAACCGCACCAACAAAACCAUCCAACUGGCUAACCGUCUGGUGAAGGGCCUGGAGUCAGAGAACGUGCGCUGGGCCCACUCAGUAGCUCAGUAUAGGGAACAGGAGGCCACUCUCUGUGGAGAUGUUCUCCUUACUGCAGCCUUUAUCUCCUACGCCGGCUCCUUCUCCAAAAGAUACAGACUGGAGCUUCUCCACAAGCUCUGGAUGCCCUACCUACGCACCCAGAAGGUUCCUAUUCCAAUGACUGAGGGAUUAGAUCCCAUCUCCAUGUUAACAGAUGAUGCCACGGUUGCUAAGUGGAAUAACGAGGGGUUGCCAGGUGAUAAGAUGUCUACCCAGAAUGCCACCAUACUGCUUAACUGUGAAAGAUGGCCUCUGCUUAUUGACCCCCAGCUGCAGGGCAUCAAAUGGCUCAAGAGUAGAUAUGGAAGCAGCCUCAGAGUCAUCAACUUAGGACAGAAGGGGUAUGUGGAUGUCAUUGAGCAAGCAGUAGUAACAGGAGAACCAGUAUUGAUUGAGAACCUGGAGGAAACCAUUGAUCCAGUGAUCGAUCCACUGCUGGGUCGUCACACCAUUAAAAAGGGCAGGUUUAUAAAAGUCGGGGAUAAGGAGUGUACGUAUAACCCAAACUUCCGGCUCAUUCUGCACACUAAGCUGGCUAACCCGCACUAUAAGCCUGAGAUCCAGGCUCAGACCACCCUCAUUAACUUCACCGUCACCAGAGAUGGACUUGAGGACCAGCUGCUGGCUGAGGUUGUCAACCUGGAGAGACCCGAUCUUGAGCACCUCAAGUCUGAGUUGACGAAGCAGCAGAAUACGUUUAAGAUCGAGCUGAAGCAGCUGGAGGAUGAGCUGCUGACCAGACUCUCUGCUGCUGAAAGUAACUUUCUGGGGGACAACAUGCUGGUGGAGAAACUGGAAACCACCAAGCACACAGCAGCAGAGAUCGAGAUGAAGGUGUUGGAGGCGAAGGUCAAUGAGGUGAAGAUAAAUGAAGCUCGUGAGCACUACAGGCCCGUAGCGGUGCGAGCCUCCCUCCUGUACUUCAUCAUCAACGACCUCAACAAGAUCAACCCUAUGUACCAGUUCUCCCUCAAGGCAUUUAAUGUGGUAUUUCGUAAGGCUGUGCAGAACGCAGAGCUGUGUGUUGAUGUUAACACACGUGUGAACACACUCAUCGACUGCAUCACCUUCUCCACCUUCAACUACAUCAACAGAGGCUUAUUCGAAAGGGACAAGCUCACCUUCACCUCUCAGCUUGCCUUUCAGCUGUUACUCAUGAGUAAAGAGAUUAAUGUGCGUGAGCUGGAUUUCCUCCUGCGCUUCAGUAUUGACCACAGUUACAUCAGCCCUGUUGACUUCCUCUCCCACUCCUCCUGGAGUGCUAUUAAGACGAUGAGUUUCACAGAUGAGUUUCGGGGGCUGGACCGGGACAUCGAGGGCUCUCCUAAGCGCUGGAAGAAGGUGGUGGAGUCAGAGUGUCCGGAGAAAGAGAAGCUCCCUCAGGAGUGGAAGAGUAAGAGCUCCCUGCAGAAGCUCAUCCUCAUGCGGGCUCUCCGACCCGACCGCAUGACCUACGCUGUGAGGAACUUUGUGGAGGAGAAGCUGGGGGUGCAGUAUACAGAAGGGAGGAAGAUGGAGUUUGCACGAUCCUUUAAAGAGAGUGGUCCUGCUUCUCCCGUCUUCUUCAUUCUUUCUCCAGGAGUCGACCCACUCAAAGAUGUGGAGUCUCUUGGUAAAAAGCUGGGCUUCACUAUAGACCUGGGGAAACUGCAUAAUGUGUCUCUUGGCCAAGGCCAAGAAGCUGUAGCAGAAUUGGCCAUGGAGAAAGCUUCAGAAGAGGGCCACUGGGUCAUACUACAGAACAUCCACCUGGUCGCCAAGUGGCUGGGAAGCUUGGAGAAGCUUCUGGAACGUUGCUGUGAGAACAGUCACCCUGACUACCGAGUAUUCAUGAGUGCAGAGCCUUCACCCACCCCUCAGGAGCACAUCAUCCCUCAGGGCAUCCUGGAAAAUUCCAUCAAAAUUACUAAUGAACCGCCGACUGGCAUGUUAGCCAACGUUCAUGCAGCACUGGAUAACUUUGACCAAGACAUUUUGGAUCAGUGUUCUCGUGAACAGGAGUUUAAGACCAUCCUGUUCUCGCUGUGUUAUUUCCACGCGUGUGUGGCUGAGAGGAGGAAGUUUGGCCCUCAGGGCUGGAACCGAAAAUAUCCCUUCAACACUGGAGAUCUCACCAUCUCUGUCAGUGUGCUCUACAACUACCUAGAAGCCAACUCACAGGUGCCGUGGGAAGAUUUGCGGUAUCUGUUUGGUGAGAUAAUGUAUGGAGGACACAUAACUGAUGACUGGGACAGGAGAUUAUGCCGGACUUAUCUAGAGGAGUACAUGCAGCCCAACCAGUUUGACAGGAAGUUGGCUCUGGCUCCAGGCUUCAUUGUUCCCUCCAACCUGGACUAUCAGGGUUACCACAACUACAUAGAUGAGAUGCUUCCCCAUGAGAGCCCAGUGCAUUAUGGUCUUCACCCCAACGCAGAGAUCGAGUUUCUGACAGUGACCUCAGACAACCUGUUCCACACCCUGCUGGAGCUGCAGAGCAGAGACUCGUCACUGGGGGAGGGAGCCCCCCAGAGCACUGAGGAGAAGGUGAAAACUGUACUGGAUGAUAUUCUGGAGAAGCUGCCGGAGGAAUACAACAUGUCAGACAUUACGUCCAAAACCGCAGAGCGCACUCCGUACAUCCUGGUGUGCUUCCAGGAGUGUGAGCGCAUGAACAUGCUGAUCAAUGAAAUACGCCGUUCACUCAAAGAGCUGGAUCUGGGUUUAAAGGGAGAACUGGCCAUAUCUUCAGAGAUGGAACAGAUACAGACAGCUCUGUUCUUUGAUAAUGUUGCUGACAGCUGGACCAGGCUGGCUUACCCCUCUACCUACAGUCUGGCACAGUGGUACAAUGAUGUUCUGCUGCGCUGUAGAGAGCUGGACAGCUGGACUCAGGAUCUGUCUCUGCCCAGUGUCAUCUGGCUCUCAGGACUCUUCAACCCUCAGUCCUUCCUCACAGCUGUAAUGCAGAGCUUGGCACGUAAGAACGAGUGGCCACUGGAUAAGAUGACUCUGACGGUGGACGUGACCAAGAAGUUUAAGGAGGAGUUUAACCAGCCAGCCAGAGAUGGAGCUUACGUGUACGGUCUAUAUAUGGAGGGUGCACGCUGGGAUAUCCAGAACGGAACAAUCACAGAGGCUCGACUGAAGGAGUUAACUCCCAGCAUGCCUGUGAUCGCAGUGCGAGCGGUUCCCAACGACCGCCAGGAGACACGCAACAUUUACGAGUGUCCCGUAUACAAGACAAAACUCAGAGCGAACACACACGUCUGGACUUUUAAUCUGAAAACCAGAGAGAGGCCAGCUAAAUGGGUGCUCGCUGGAGUGGCACUGCUGCUUAGUGUUUAAGGUGAUUAAGAAAGAUAGGAUGAAGAUCGAGAUGCUUAUUACAUGACUGUGCACUGUGAGAAUGACCUAUUAUGGUAAGAUAAAAGAGUGAAAGUGUAAAGAGCCCAUUAAAGUGAAUGAAUUGACUGUAUAAAACCAAAGUGUUUUAUUUAUUUGAGACAGUGGUUUUCAAAUUGUGAAGUGUACCACUGGUGGCAUAAAAUAAUAAAAUGGUAUACCAUGCAGUUUCA